AGUUCCUUGUACAUGUACAUACGUAGCGUCCAGUGCGUGAACAGAGCCCAGCUAGAAGGCAUUGUUACGCACACAUCGACAAAGAGCGCGUGCAACUUUCGAGGAUAGUCGAUUCACAACUUGGAUAUACUAGACUAUGCAGGUGUUUAGGGAGAAGGCACUGCUUGAUGUCGCAUACAAACAGGGCCGCCCAUGCUUCAGCGAGGAAGCAACUAAGCCGGUUCUCAGCAGUGCGUUAUUUCAAGCGGAAAAGCUAUCUCUUGUGGGGAAGCCGGGCUUCGAGGAGUUCAACGCAGCAAAGGAGGAGCUAAUGGACGUUUUGACCGGGAGCGAAUGCCCGGUGCAGCAGACUGUACUGUACGAGCCUGGAAAGGCAAGGGCUGUACACUCCGUGAAGGAGAUCAGGGAUGCUCCCCUUCACCAGCAUCUAGCCGAGGUCACUGGCAGCAUAGACGACGGCCUGAUCAGAUAUUGCGGCAACCUGACCCUGGUGCAUGCACUGCGGUAUGGCGGUGGUGCGACACAGGGGCCAAUCUCGGAUGCCGAGGCGCUGAACCCAGGGCGAAGUGAGAGGGCGGAGCGGUUUGCCAGGGCAUUGCGGGCCUCGCUACCACACCUGUUCGCUACAGACACCUAUCUCGACCGUGCUGGCGUGGGGGCAACGGAGGUCUACCAUGGGCUCAACACCGCGGUGUGCGAUAUGCUAGCAGGAAGCAAGGGCUCACUGACGGGGUCGCAUGAGGAUUAUCCCAUGGCGGCACCAAGUGUAAUCGUGGUUCUCAAGGGCCACAAGCUUGUGUGGAUCGCUCCCGGCUCAUUCCGCACCCUGAUUGAGAACCCUAAGUACAAAAAGGCGGACAUUGACCUGUUGGUGCGGUCCAUGAGCACGGUGGACCCAGCGCUCCUAGCGUCUCUGUGCUCUGUGUUUGGCGGGGAGGUAUUGGAGCUCAGAGACAAUGAGGUCGGGGUGGUGCCGCCCUGCUGUGUCCAUGCGGCAUACAACGUGGAUGCAACGGUAUCCGUAAAUUACACGGUUUGCAGCCAGGCGCAGUGGCUGGCCUGCGUGCAGGCGACUGCCUUGACCUGCCAGGAGGAACGUGCCGCUGCAGCGGCAGCGGCAGCUGCAAAGCUGGUCGGCAGUAAGGACGAGGGGCUCGUCCAGGAGACUGCUCAGCGGCUGCUGCGGCGUGCUGCAGAGACCGGGGGUUCGGAGAGCUUCGAGGGGUGCGUGGUCCUUUUCAACAAGGGCUACAUCGCGUGGAUGGAGAACCGCAUCAGGGCGGAGGUGGCAGUAGCAAAAGCGCUGCAGAAGGAGGAGGGUGGCCUUGCCCGCAUGGGUGAGGGCUUGACUGCUCUAUACAAGCGCAGGCUGGAUUCCACGGUGCGCAUUGCCACCAUCCGGUCUUUGCUGGAGGAUGGAGGCGGGGUCAACUCUCUGCUGGCGACCGGAGCCACUGUCCAGUGGCGGCAAAAGAUGUGCAGUUUGCUGGGGGGCAUCGCAACACCAGCUAGCACGGCUCAGGCUGGCGGGAGCUCCAACAGCUCGGGAACCUGCGUGGAGAGCAAGCAGCGUGGGGAAGGCGGUGUGCGGGGUCGAAAGAGGAAGUGCAUGGCCUAGGGGGAGGUGGCAUGUACAAUGCAUGGGAGGCAGGAGUCAUGGUAGGUCAGGCUAGGUUAGACAGGGUAGGCUAGGUUGGGUUAGGCUAGGCUAUAGGUAGGUGUGUGCCGGGCCAAACAUGCUGUGGUGCCGAAUGUAUUGUGUGCCAGCAUCGUGUCACCACGGCCGCUUACAGCGGGUCCGCCGGCAUGGCUUAGGCUUUAAAAUGCUUUAUUAGACAGCGUGCAGAGCUCGCGGGUGCACUGUUGGCGUGCGUAGGUGCGUGUGUGUGCAGGACCAAACAUGACUUGACUUGUGCAUGCUGGGCCUAAGGUACUUUGUAUCAUGCCAGUCUCGUGGCACCACGGCAUGCAGACACGUAGGUAUAGAGCAGUAUGUAUUGUAGGGUUACGCUAUGGUUAGGUAGGCCUGUCCGUGCAGUGUAUGUUAACUUAAAUAUUGGCAAAAUAUUGGCCAUGCUGGCAUGAGGGGCCGGUUUCUUCGUAUGAGAGUCGUGUGGUGAUGUGGUGGCG